CACCUACUAACAGACUAAACUGUUACAAUUCUAAGCUACUGGCAGAAUCACUUUUACUAGUCUACGGUGAAUUGUGCUGUGCUGUUUUACUGAGGACGGAUUACAUAUCAUCACAAAUUAUUUUGUGAAUCGUGUCUCUGACUGUGGAGAGAAUGGAGAGUGGAGACUAUAUUAUGGCCCCAAAGCCCCCUACUGAAGAGAAUGGUGAGGUGGGAGUGGCGAUAGGUAUAGGAGACAGCCAGAGAGGGGUUGCCCAUAAACUGAUACAGGAGCUUGUUAAGAAGGAGGCUGAUGAGCAGGGAGUGGAGAAGAAAGGGAGAGAGAAGGCGAAGAAGAGGGAGAGACGUAGAGAGGCAAGUGGUUGGCGGGCCCAGUUAAUAAACUGCUUUGUAUGUGGAGCAGCCAACCAAGAUCAGGAUCAACAGCAAGAGAGGGACCAUGUGAAGACUAGGCAGAAAGCAGAGGAGGCUGGUUCAUAUGCGCCAAAGGAGGAUAAAAGGAGAAAUAAGAAGGAGAAGAAGCAGAGGUGGGAAGAGAGGGGACAACGAGAUAGUAUUACUUCAGUGGCAGCAGUCAUGACUGAGAAGGAGAGGAUGAGAGGAAGGAGAGAGUCUAGCAAAGCUGUCAUGGCAUGUCUGCAGAGGUACCACCAAAGGGUCAGGGACGACAGUAUGCGCAAAAUGGCCUAUAGGAGCAUCCAGAGAAGCAGGAAGGUGGUGGAGGCCAACACGGAGUGGGGCACUCUGCCCCUGGAGACAGAGGAUGCUGGGAAGAAAGUGUCUUUCUGCGAACAGCAUCUCUGUGAUGUGUGGUUAUUUGAGGAGGAGCCAAAGCCAAGCCAGAGAUGCCUGGCGUGGAAGAGGGCACUGGAGAGGAUAAGGCGGAUUGAGAUGGGAGGAGCCACGCAAGAGAAGCGGGUGGAGAAGGCGGAGCAGCUGAGAGGGAGGGAGGAAGGCCAGUGUGCUGUCAUGAGUGCCCCCAAAGGUCUGCUCCUUGUGAUGGGUAUGGCCCUCUGUGUGUUUUUGUGGAUUUCUGCAGCCUAAAAUGCAUAGGAUUCCGGCAAAGCCAUCACCUGCAGUAAUGAGGGUGGGGUUGGGGAAGAGGGAGGGGGGUCAGAGUGUAAUUGGAAAUGGAAAUGGCCAGACCGUUAAAGCACUGGGAAGGGGCAUUCAAAAUUAUUAUGGAAUGAUUGAGGACAUUUUGAACAGGCAAAAUCUAAAUUGAAAAGUAGCCUACUAAAAGAGGACAUGGAAUUAGAAGGCAGCAAACAUAUACAGAAGAGUUGGAAAACAACAUAAUGUUGUAGCAAUAUAUUUUUUCUAGCAAUAUCUUUCUAUAUCUUUUUAUUAUUAUUCUAUUUUCUAUUUGCCUAUAUUUUCUAUUCUACACCAAACAGAAUCAUUCUAUAUUUAUGGAGACAGGAAUCCAUACCUGAUGGACCUGAA